UAUAAUUUCAUAGGUGAUUAUUUGGAAAAAAAUAAAAAAUACACAUUUUUUUCGUCAUUUAAUUGACAAAACGGCUUCGGCCGCCAUUUUGAAAAUCGCUUAGGUGAUUAUCGCGUUAUAAUCACCUCAACGGCAACCAAUCAGCGUUGAGAAUUUUCAAUAAUCACCUAUGUAAUUAUACUAAUGGUAAAUAUUUAAUUUAGGAUUUUGGGAUCUCAUUUUACUGUUUACUUUCUCUCACGCCAGAUGACGUUACUAUAGUCAGGGGGAGAACACUGGUUGUAGAUGGAAGUCUCAAGUCUAUUAAUUUAAUUUAUACAUUUUAGAUCUUUGGAACCAGGAGCAGCUGUGAAAAGUACAACUAUAAGCCCGGUGGCAGGAAUCGAACCUUAGGCGCUGUGACCCUGAUGGAGCUCUCUAGCAAAUAGAGCUACAGAACGUCCACUUGUCAAUCGUGUCAUGUGCGCAUGGUUCUUUAACCACAAGGUCAUGUAUCUACAAAUUAUUAUAUAAUAGCCUUAAGAAUUCAUGCGAUUUCAUUGGUCGAGAGCCAUGAUCUAUUAGAGGACAGACGCACGGAAUACGUCAUUAGUUUUUAAAAUGUGGAAAAUAUUUGAAAAUUCUACUGAAAUGACUGAAUUUAUACAAAUUGAAUGAAUUCAUGGAAUUAAAUCUAUCAACAUCAAUAAAUACCUUCGAUAAAUGUGCAUUCUGAUGUGACUUCAAUCCGGUCUUCGAAAACAAAUAUUAUUUGAGUCAUUUUUUCCAGCUGGUUUCUUCACUUCGUGCAACAUAGGCAAUGUUUAAGUGCUUUUCAAUCAAUUAUAAAAAACAAAUACAUUACAUUUUCUCGUUGUCUGUUCAGUAUAGAUACACAGUAUGACGUCAUAUGUGGUAAGCACAAAAGGUGACCACUCGCCUAGGCGGCUGGUGGACACUUUUUUGUUCUUACCACGUAUGACGUCAUACUGUGUAUCUAUAACUGAACAGACAACGGGAUAAUGUAAUCUAUUUGUUAAUGAUGUACUAAGGUGAUAGCUGUGUAAGGUAUAUAGAGAAAUAAACUAAAUGAUGAAAAGUUUUGUAGAUGGUAAUUUCGAGUAUAAAUGUUAUAGAUUUUAGACCUACAGGAGCAUCUGCGAAAAAUCCUGAUAUUUACCCAGUGGACCCACCUUGCACUGGCAUAACCUUUGUAUAAUAUACUGUGCAUGAGCUGCGGUUUAAGCUCAGUAACUGAACUCUGUUAGCUUAGCUGGCUGGUUAGAGCGCUACACUGGAAUCCCAGGGUCGAUUCCUGGCAGAGGGCCUAUAGUUGCAUUUUUUGAAACUCUGCUAUGGUUAAUGUAUAAAUUUGCACUCGAAAUUUCCAACUACAAUAACCUUUCAAUAUUAAAUUAAUUAUAUAUUUCCGUACACGUGUAGUCCUGAAUACAUAUGUCUUUGAUGUACAGUAUGACUUUUAUAUAUGAUCUUCAAAAUGCUAUAAAGUCGAUUGUGCCCCCAACAUACUAUAAAUAAUAUUGCACGAAGUCCAUAUUAGCUCCUUAGCGUUUCCUCACACCUUAUACGUACUCCAGUUGACCUACCCAAUUGUACCUCUAUCACAGGGAGCCCGAAUACAGAAUGUUCUAUUUAAUGUUUUCAAAGCAUUUUCGUACAAAAACUCGCAUUCAAACCGCUUCGUAUGCAACUCCUUGAUAGCAGUCAUGUUGCCAUAAUAUCAACUCGAACGAUCUGUGCCAGAAAAUUGAAAUUGAUAAGGAUUCAAUUACCUGAAAAAUACAAGUACAAUCUUUCAAAAAAAUACAAAGUUUUACAUGUAUUUUUCAGCCCACGACUCUUGGAGUUUCCCCACAACACGAUCGUAGAUCCCUUAAGCCAGUUUUCCACUAGCGAAUUUUUUGCGCGAAGCAAAACGUGGCAAAAUCGAUACCGCAAUGGUAAAACGUCAAUUCGCGCGAGAAAAAAAUCGCUAGCGAGAUGACAACUCCAUUGUAUUCCCGCUAGACGAGUCGUCUCAGUAAGUAGAAUCAUACGAACAAGCCCUGAAACCACGCCAUGUUUCCUGAAUAAUCGCUCUUAGACGUAGCUACAAUCCUAGACAAAUAACAUGCGGACGCUGAUUAAAAAUGGCUGAAAUUUAAAGCAAUCAAAUAAUUAUACGCAUAUUCAGCCGUAUUCCCCGCUCCCCGUCACAAAUAAUUAUACGCAUAUUCAGCCGUAUUCCCCGCUCCCCCGUUACAAUGUUGUUGCUACCGAUAGCGCAAUAGUUGCCAUAAUGACUGAAGUGUUCAUCAACAUUGUUUCUGGAGGGGGACCGACUUUACGAAGUAUAUAUGAAAAUGUUUCAAAAAAUAAUUUAUUUGCCAUGUUUGUCCGAGUAAAUUUGUCUAUGAUUGUAGUUAAUGUGUGUCGGCACAAAAAGUAGGUUUACUUUCAAAGUUAUCAUAAGAAUAAUUAAAGUAACAAAAUUCAAUGUAAGUCGAUCGAGGUGCCGAACUUGAAUACCCUUUCAAUAAUCGGGAGCGGAAUUUUUUUACUUGUGGUACGAGGCUAAAUAGUAAUAAAGAUGCCUAGUAGAAUUUAUUGAGUCGUACUUGAAUUUAUUUAAUUAUGCUCUGGAUAUCCAUUGAGCACUGUGCCAAAAGUUUUUAUAAACAAUCUAUAUUCAACGCAUGCGUAUUUUUGGCUAACUCGCAUGCCUGGUUUUGUUGUUCUGAUCAGCAUAAAAAUGCCUAUAACUUAAAAACAGACUGACAUAUUUUGCCGUGAGUUUCGUAAUUAAUAACGAGACGUGUUAACAGGCCUCACAAAUUGUAUUGACAGCAAAUAAAUCAACACAAAAUGUGUAAAACGGUUGUCCCCAGUUUUUGUGUUUUAGAAAACGUUAUCGCAGAAUAUCUCAUGAAACGUAAAAAUGUAUAUUUCUUGUUGCAUGCAACAAGCAAAUGGUGUCUCUGAGAGGAGAAAAUAUUUUUAUUUUGAUUUCAUGUGGAGAGCUCCCGCAGUUUCUCGUGACAGCAAAGUGAACUCACGGGAAGUGUCAUAAUUAAUUCAAAACAAAUUAGCUAUAGUCCCUCCUAGUUUCAACCCCUUGUGAUAGAUAUCUCCACGUAGAUCUGCCUCCUGAACAAACAUUGGAGUCGAUUUUUCUCAGUGAUACAUCAUUCAUAUCGUACUUUUUAUAAUCAUUUCCACUGAGAUAAAAAUUUCAAGUAUAGUGUUUAAUAAACUAGCAUACUGUGUCUUGAAAUAUGAAUAGAUUUCUUAAGUAGGCGUGGCGCUACUGUCAUCAAACUGCAGGAUAUUUUUACCGGUGAUACCUACACUUCGACCGAGGAAAGCUUUAUAGUUUACUAAAUGAUAAAAUAUGAACUUCUAUGAAAAUCCUUAAGGCCGCUAAAAGUUUCAGUUGUGGGAUUAAGAAUGAAAUUCUUUUCUUUGUAAAGUUUUUGGAUCGAUUUUCUCCUACUUAUUACCUUAUAUUGUCUAAUUAAUCUGUUCAUUCCUAUGGUAGAUAACGAUCUUCUACUUAAAUAAGCAAACUGUUUACUUGAUCGGAUCUAAGUUGUUAUUAAUGUCCAUCCCGCGUACAGCCCUAACCCGCUUACAGGCGGCAUAACAAGCAGACAUUCGUGACUCAUGACUCAGUAGGAUGGAUGAUCUUUUAAUCAUUUCAAUGGACAUUACUCGACUUCCGGUUGAGAUGACAUAUGAAAGCUUAUUACUCUGUCUAUAAUUAACAGAGUAUGAUCACCGCACUUGCCAAAUUAAUACUUCAAAUAACCUUAGAAGAUGUUUCUACGCUGUACUGCUAAUAGAUCUUAAAAUUAAGCUAUUUACACUCCGCCUAUUUUUUUCUAAGUGACCACCUUGUGUUCUCAAUUUCGACAUAUCUCAGCCGAAAUUACACAUUUGGAGUUUAUUAUGUUUGUAUAUUUCAAGAGGAAGCUCGUGGAGCUUUCUUAAAGCCCCUGUGGCUUUUAUAUGUCCCAAAACGACUUUGAAGUUUCAAUUUAGUUCAUUUAAUAGACAGAUUAUAUGCUCUAAAGUAAAAUUAGUUUUCUAUUUAUUUAAAGGUUGAAAUUUCACGAUUACAUACUUUAUGUGAAACGCAUUGUAGUUCGGUAGAAAUCAUGAGUUAAUUUCAGAAAGGAUUAUUGUGUACAAUGUCAACAUUGUAGCGCCGAAAAUAGCCGGGGAACACAAGAGUAACAAUUGCGAAUGAAGCGCAAAGCGCUGAGGGGGUAAGAUUAUUGUAAUGUCGUAUUGAAUGGAACCAAACACGCAUGCGCAGUGCAAUAGAAAUGUAAAACCCUGCUGUGGCGAGAAACUGAAUACAGAUGCUAUAUUAACAAGCUUGGAACACUGAAAUGUCUUUAAAAUAAGACUUCGUUCUUUACUUCAACAGCUGCAGUGUACAGAGCUCUUUCAUUGGGUAUACAGUAAGUGCGAUUUUUUCAGAAGCAUAAAUAUAGAAUUUUAAUUACAGUGUUAUAUAUAGCACUGUGAUCUGUUAGAUUACUAAUCAACUGGCAAGUGCAAGUGUUAAGUGGUUUAAGAGAUCAACCUCAGUGGUUUUCUUGGUAACAACAGAGUUCGAAACACCGUGAGACCUCACAGAAUGUCAACAUUACCACCACACGGUCACCGUACUUCGCCAAUAGAAACCAAGACUGCAGUAAGACCUGGAGGAUAUUAUCCGUCUUUCCAACCUUAUCAUACCAUACCCUAUACACCGCCUAGAGAACUUCAUGGAUCAACUACCCAUCUUAGAGAACGGCAUACUACAGAUCUUCAUACCACAACAACCCAUCUUAUGCCUAUGCCAGAACCUGCUACUAACCUAGCAUCGCCUCAUAAUUAUUACUCAAACGGAGCCAUACGUAGUCCUAACGCAUUGGGCUAUCAGAAUCACACUAAACCUUACGUAGACGGCUAUAAUCCUAAUACUAUACCCCCAGGAGCAGCUAACUGUGAUCCUUCUACAAUGCAUGGGUUAUCUCCUCAAGUAUUCCAACAACAGUAUUACCCUGGUAGCGGUAUUCAUUCUCAAGGAUAUCCUAUAUUCGAUCCUACUAAUUUACAACCAUCUGGCUACUUUCCUAUGAUACCUCAGCAACAAACCAAUGAGAUUAUGACUUGCCUCUGGAUUGACCAGAACAAUAAUAAUACUACAGAAGAUGGGAAGAGAAAACCUUGUGGGAAACAAUUUAGGAUGCUUCAAGAUCUUGUAACCCACCUUUCUGAUGAACACGUUAGUGCAUGUGAUAGUAAUGUACAUACAUGUUAUUGGCAAGAUUGUCAAAGGAAUGGCCUGCCUUUCAAAGCAAAGUAUAAACUUGUUAAUCAUAUUCGUGUUCAUACUGGCGAACGUCCAUUUCCAUGCAUGGUGCCCGGCUGUGGUAAACUUUUCGCAAGAUCUGAGAAUCUAAAGAUUCAUAAACGAACCCAUACUGGCGAGAAACCUUUCAUGUGCGAAUAUCUCGGAUGUGGAAGACGUUUUGCUAACUCCAGCGACCGAAAGAAACAUUCUCAUGUUCACACGUCAGAUAAACCUUAUAUCUGUAAAGUUGACGGUUGUAAUAAGAGUUAUACUCAUCCGAGUUCACUGAGGAAACACAUGAAACUACAUGACAGCUUGGAACAAACAUCAUCUAACACUAAACCUCGGAGUUUACUUACUGGACAGGAAAAAGGAACAACUACACUUGUGUCUCAAGCUGCCACAGUUUUGAAAGCGGCUACUCCUACCAGAGAACAAUGGUAUAACUGAUUCUUCUAUAUAUAAUAUUUUGAACGGUGAUAUUCGCGUAUUGAACAACCUCAUCUGGCAUAUUGAACACUAAACCACGACUAACUUUGCUUAUCCCGCAAGUAAAAGAGACUACAAAACGUUAAGCUAUUUUCUACGGCUUUGAAAGGAGCUACUCCUACUAGACAACAGUACAUGGCACAAUAUUUUCAGCACAAUAUUGUAAACGGUGACAUAUACAUGCAAUCAAAGGCCUUAGAUCGUUUGGUAUGAAAACUUAAGCCCGCAUCAAAUGAUGAUGAGAGUAUACAUGAGAGUUAGUGGUCGCGCGCGAUCUUGGCUAGCUGCUUUCCCAACACUAUAAUUUAUUGAUUAUAUAUUCUAGCAUUAUUGCUAUAUUGUAUUGGAACCUGACUCAUCAAACCUUUAUUUUGUUUAUCUGGAGCUUGAAAUGUCCCUGUAACAAUUCGUGACUGCAAAUUCUCAUCAAUUACUCUCAUUCUCUUUUAACCGGGCUUUAAGCAGUAAACCUUUAAAAGGAGAAAGAGCCGUGAUUCAAUGUCAAGCUUCCACAAACUAACUUUUGGACAAUAAAUCAAUUGUAUAGGCUAUAUAGCUGAUUUAAUCUCUUAUUGUACAAAUUGGUAUUGUGUGCAGUAUAUUUCUUCAUUCCUUCGCCUGGAAUAUCGGAACACAAACCUACCUAUAUAGCGGUUGAUACUUAGAGACAAACAUUAGUUUCAGUAUAAGUUUUCGCCAUUUAAAAACAACAAUUCCUUCUAGCAGAGAACAUGCGAUGAUCAUGAUUGCACUGAGUUGUGGAAUACAUUGACAUUGUUUUGCUUGAAGAGCAACAUCUGGCGUAAACACUCAAACAUGGACAGUGCUUACCAAAGGGAAAGCAUCCAAUAACGGUCCUUGAAUCUUAAAAUGGAACAAUUUGUUAAAGAAACUUCUAGUGUUUUUACUGCAGAAGACUAUGGUAUAUAACUUAGUAGAAAUAAUCUGGUAGUGAAGGAACGCUAAGCAUGUACACUCAAUAGUGGCUGUCACCUGCUGGUCGCAAGCUGAGGACGACAACUUCUGUUGUUCACUGUUCAAAUGCAUGUGGUAAAUGUAUAUGGCAGGUUUGAUUAUAGAUAUUGACUAAUUAUUUUAUGUAUAGAUUAUAUAUAUAUAGAUACAUUGAUAUCGAAAAUGUAUUAUAAUGAGAUCAUUCAAGGGAAUUAUAGAAACGGUUUGCAUAAAUGCAUUAUAUGUAUUGGCAAAAUCUUGCUGUGGGGAACAAAGCCAUUUCGUGUCUUUCAUGCUAAGAUAUUGUAUAGAUACUGCAUGUUACUACAAAUCAUAUCCGCUGGGAGUACAAACUUUUUAGAUAGAAUUAUCGGAACAAAAACAUGCGGUGUUCAAAUUGCGGAUUCCGGGUUUAAUUUGAAGUCAAGCUCUGGCCUCUGGGCAAAUUCAGAAUUUAAUUUUUUUAAGCAGUUGUGACUGUUGCUAGAAUUUUUUGGGAGAUCAAGUUCAUUGCUUUCUAUAGAUUUUCUUGUUUUCAGUUUUGAACGAUCAUGAGCGCCGUUACUGUCACUACAAGUUUCUAUUAAAUUUUAUGGGUUUCAAAAUGUGUUAUACUGUAUAAGGUUCUUGCAGUUCUGCCUAAACUAAAAUUUUAAAUUAUGUUUUGAAAAUCAGACUUAAUGAAUGUACACAGUCACAGUGCCUGCACGUUUGUCAUGUGUACUGUACAUUAUAUUUACCGAGUUUCCUAAAUUAAACCUUUUCCUUAAUUUGCCUUUCCAAAGAGAAAUUGAAACUCGACUAUUAGUCUUAUAUAAUUAUAUUAGUCGACCAUUUAAGGCUUAUAGUCUAGGAAAACGGUUGUCUUGUUUGUUCAGUCAUAAAUCUCUGAUAAUGUUUGCUUAACCAUUUCACUAAUCAGACUAUCACGAUUAAACCUUUCGCUGCCGGUAUCUCUUAUGUAGGUGCCAAACACAAGUAGAUUACAAAACUAUACAGCCUGUGCGUGUACUAUUUAUAAAACUCAAUAAUUCAUGAAGAAAAUUCAAAAGAAAUGAAUGUUUUAUAAUCAAUGUUUGUAAAUCGCAUAAAGAUUUGUCCUGAUUUACAUAAACUUCAGCUUUGAUUUUCUUGGCUUAGACAAUGUUUAUUUUUAAAAUUACUUGGCUAAUGAACUCAUAAGAUGAGUCGUUUUAUAAGCACGAUAUAACAUUCCCAUCCGAUCUUUAUAUCUGAUAUACAAACUCUCGCCUUCGGCUCGAGUUUUUAUAUUAUCAGAUAAAGAUCGGCCGCUCAUGUUUUAUCUAGUACUUAAAACACGAGCAGGAGUGCUUUAUCAGAUAUAAAACACGAGACGCAUGUAGCUCGAGUGUUUAUAUCUGAUAUUAUAAAGCACGGACUGCGAGUGUUUUAAAUGGUUUAAGAAACGACCCAUCUGAUGAGUUUAUAGGCUAAGUAUAUUGGCGAAAUAGUCGUAAAAAUAAACGUCUAAGCCGAGAAAAGCAAAGCUAAAGUUGAUGUAAAUGAACAUGAUAUUUUAUCACAUAUAAAACUGACAAGGUAGUGAUUUCCUUUCUCUUUCCUCAUGAAUUGUUAAUGAGUUUUUUAAGUAAGCAACUAUAAAUUAAGGGAUCGAGGACAAUUACAUAAUAUGUAGCUUACCAAAGAGAAAGUUAGUAUAUGGAAAUGACCGCUUUAAAAAAUUGCUGUCUGGUGAAAAGGAACUUAUAAUUAUAUCACUAAUGCUGUCAGUGGUUUGUUAAUUUUCUAGCCAAAAUCAUUUGCACUUGAUGAAAUACGGAUAUAGAUUAUAGAAAUAUAAUGAUAUAAAUGAAAACACCACAAAAUUUGCCUCAAGCAAUUUUUCAAUAAUAUUACAGCCAUAUGCCUAUAUGGUUCAGAAAACAUUAAAAUACUGAAUGCUAGAGAUUAAAUUGUGUAUAUGGUUACUAUAGUUUUUCUCGGCUCGAGAUGCCCGCAUGCAGAGCUAGAUAGAAAAAAGUGAAUGAGCGCGCGUUUUCUCUUUAAUUUUUAUACUAUAUUUUAAGUAAAUUAUAGGCUUGUUGAAAUGGACCCAGCAAUUUUGGCAUCCAACAAUUGGUUUUUUCAAUUUAUAAUUUUAUCCAAAAGAGAUGAAAAAUAAACAGUUGGAACAUUGACGUUGUAGUGUUAAAGGCCAACAUUACAAUCGGCAUGUAUAUACGUUUAAAUUAACGGCCUUCAAAAUUCUUUACUCAAUGAAAUAACAUUUUUCAUUGGAUACUCUCUCAAUGUUAUAUGGUGUCCAUGUUAGUAUAGACUAGAGUUCUCAAGUCCAGUAUAAUAAUUAUUAAAUUCAACCGUCGUAUUCUCACGGUGUUUUGAGCAUUUCGGUACUGCGCAUAGUUAUGAAAAUGAUUGAGCUCAUUUUGAUAUCAAUGACAUGCAUGCAAUGCGAGGGGUAAAUUACUCUGAAAAAAGCGUACGAAGAUUUUUGGGAUUAGAAAAUCCCGGCAAUUUUUCUCGCGAUUCUGGGAUUUUUUCCCCCAAAUUUAAAGGAUUUUUGAUUUUUUUCAGCUGAUUUCUUCGAAAUAUUUUCCCUUAUUUUUUUUCGCCGAACUUUUUCCGACAUUUUUUGCGACAUAUAAUCCGUCGAAUUAUUUUUAAAAUGAAGUAAAUCAACGAAUUAAGGGUAUUUUCCAUAGAAAUAAUACAUAUUUAUUAUUUCUAUGGUAUUUUCACGCCAAUUCAUGAUUUAAAUGUUUACAUUUGAUGGGAUUUCUCAAUAUUGCAAUAAUUUUGAGGAUUUUAAUUUAUUGGGCUUUUUCCAAGUAUUUUAUGCAAUUUUUAGAGAUUUCUUGGGAUUUUGAGAUUCUGGGAUUUAUUAAGAUUUUGGGAUUUUUCCAAAGAUUUUUUGGGAUUUUUGAUGAAGUGUACGAAGAUUUUCCGAGUAAUUUACCCCUCGGUGCAAUGAACAGUUUUGACACGCAACUUUGUUUAUAUUAGGAAGCGCGCUGCAGUAAUAUUAAGUAUACGGUAUAUAUAGUUCACGGUUUGUUUAAAGUAUAGGCUGUAUACCUCAUCGGCUCACACACAUUACAAUCCACGCAUAUAGCUACACGAGAUAGAGAUACCAGUUUCCUGUGUUGCCGGAAAAGCAUGGUAUUUUAAUGGUAUUCGUGAGUCAGGUACUCAUUUCAUAGUAUACAUAUAAUUAUACAUCCCUGUUGUGUACGAGGCUGUUUGUAAUGUAAUGUAAAACUUUAUUUCAAUACGCUAACUUCGACGAUUAUUUACAACUGGUUUCCACGAAGGGCGUAUACACACAAAGAGCUAAAUGUUAAUUAUAUAUAGAACAAAAUAUGUAAGAAUCCCACCCUAAAAUUUACAUGAUCCCGGCAAAGUGUGCCGAGACGGAGUUGAAGACGGGAUGAUUUCGAUGUAUUGAAAUAAAUCACUGGGGCUUAUGUCUCGAUCAAUUCCAUGGGUGACCAUCCCCCCCCCCCCGAGCGUUUGUCGGGCAUUUUCAACUGUACGUGUUCCCAGGGUCGGGCAUUUGCUUUCUCCAGGUUAGCCCCGGGGUGGGGAAUUUCCUCAGCGCUAAAUAUUUGUAUUAUUCGCUCGAAUAUUUGUCGCUUGUUUUGCCAUUUAGCCGCAUUUUAGUACGCACGUUUACACGUGCGUGCGUAUUGCAAAUUAAUCAUGGCGGACAUACACACAAAGACUUUUUUCUUGUCCAUCCUGUUGAUACAUUGACUUACUUCCGCAGUUUGAUAUUGUUAUAUCAAGUUUUGAGACUUCAAUAUUUUAAUUAAAAACGUUUCGAAACGAAAUGGCUACAGAAUCGAUUUUAAAUACAGAUAUAUUGAUACGAGAUAGAGCCUGCGUUCGAUUUUUUGGUUCAAAUAUCCUCAGAAAACUUAUGUUUUGUCUCCAAGGGUGGGGGCAUUUGCGUCAAUGUAAGUCCCCAAGGGUGGGGAUUUCGUUGCAUAAUUUGGACCCCAUGGUGGGGCAUUUGCAACAUUUUUUCGUCAAAAUGACAAAUGCCCGACAAACGCCCGGAGGGGAUGGGCACCCAUGGAAUUGAUUGAGACAUUACAAACGAAAACGAUUUGUGCCAGCGUAGGUAGUGAUAAUUUCCGGUGGCUCCCUAUAGUUUCUUGAAAUCUGGAAAAUUUAUGAUUUGGAUCAAAAUUUGUUCGGUAUUGUCGCUUGUUAGGAAACAGGAAUUGUGUGACUUAUAUAAAACAAAAUUUUUGGAGUUGGAUAUAAUUGAUAAAAAUGACGUUAUUGCCGUUGCUAUGACAACAAUGACGUUUCAAUAUGGCCGACAUUUUGGCUUUAAACGUAUUUUACACGAAAAAACGUCCGGUUACCCCCAUUUUUUAUUUCAUGAAUAGUUUUCUACCAGUAUAAUGAUAUUUAAACGAGUUUAAAAAUUUCUGUACGGCCAUUUUUUAAUUUUAUUUUAUAUUAUUUUAUAAGCUUUAUUGGACAUAUAAAUUCUAGAUUACAAG